GCCGGUGCCGGAUCUAGCAGUGAUGCCACCUUCAAGCUCUCCGAAGGUGGAAUGAUAGCCAUCAUAGUCGUGGUUGUACUUGUCUCUCUUAUGGGCAUCGGCACUGGCACACUCUUCUAUCUCGCCAAGAAGAGGGAGUGGAAGGUCAGAGAGACCAUCCGCAGAUCUGCAAAGAAAGUCGUCACCGCUUUGACUCCGCGACGAUCCGAAUUUCCAAAGUCCGUGAAAGACGGCCCAGCCAAGUCGCGGAGAGGUCAUGCCAGGAUCGAUGAUGUCCCGCCCACGCCACGACUCCGGCCGGAGGAUAUCGAGAAGGGCCUUGGCACAAAGACGAAUGUGAAGCGG